AUCACAUACAGUUAGCAGACCCCACGUUCUUAGAUUCCAAACAAAUUGACAUUUUAAUAGGCGCGGAUCAAUUUUGGAAUUUAUUAUGCGAUGGUAAAAUUAGAUUACGUAAAGGACCAUAUUUACAAUCUACCAAGCUAGGCUGGAUCAUAUCCGGUCCGAUUUACAAUAAUAAUAAUAAUCAUAAUUCACGCGAUGAUACUAGGCGGGUUCAUUGUCAUUUCACGCAGACAAUUGAAACUCAACUAAGAAAGUUUUGGGAGAUCGAGGAAGCCUCCACUAUCUCCGACAAGCGCACGGACGAGGAGCGCGCCUGCGAGGAGCACUUCGUGCGCACCACCACGCGCGCCGCCGACGGCAGGUUCUGCGUGCGCAUCCCUCACAAACUGUCACCAGACACGCUAGGUGAAUCCUAUUCCCAGGCGGAGCGUCGCUUCUUAGCUUUAGAGCGGCGGCUGCAGCGUUCUGCUGAGUACAAACAGUUGUACAGUAAUUUCAUUCACGAAUACGAAGAUCUCGGGCACAUGAGCCGCGUGGAGGCGCCCGGCAGCCCGCACUACUUCCUGCCGCACCACGGCGUGCUGCGGCCCGGCAGCAGCUCCAGCCCGCUGCGCACCGUGUUCGACGGCAGCGCCGCCACCUCCACCGGCGUGUCGCUCAACGACAUACAGAUGGUAGGGCCUCCUAUACAGGGUGAUUUAAUCGAUAUCAUGCUUCGCUUUCGACAAUACCGCUAUGUUGCUUGCGCUGACAUUGCAAAAAUGUACCGGCAGUGCUUGGUAGCUGAAGACCAACGCGACUUGCAGCUUAUUCUCUGGCGCGAUGAACCGACACAACCCAUCAGCAUUUAUAAACUAAGAACCGUGACAUAUGGGUUGGCUUCAUCAGCUUUCCUCAGCGUAAGGUGCUUGAAGCAAUUAGCUGUCGAAAGUACUGAUCCGGACGUCCAGCGAGUAAUUAAUUGCGAUUUUUAUGUCGACGAUAUGGUCACGGGUUUAGACGACAAAAAUGAUUUGUUAAAGCUUUGUACAAAUGUUUCAAACACACUUCAGUCAGGCUGUUUUCCAUUACGCAAAUGGAUUUACAACUUUGUACCCGAUGAUAGCAGCUAUGAUCAGCAGUCGGACUAUAAAUCAUUCAAUGAUAAUAACAAUGAUAACCAUAGAACAUUGGGCAUAGGUUGGUCUCCCAUCAGUGAUGAAUUUCAUUUCAAUACCAAUUAUAAAAACAAUGAAAAUUCUAUUACAAAGCGCACUAUCUUAUCUAGCGUUUCUCAAAUUUUCGACCCGCUAGGUUUCCUCAGUCCAACAAUAAUGCAAGCUAAGGUUUUAUUGCAACGACUUUGGCUUCUAAAGAUAUCCUGGGACGAUGAACUACCUAAUGACGUCACGCAAGUCUGGGUUCGAUUCGUCUCAUCAUUACCUAUUCUUGAUAAAAUAAGAAUCCCGCGUCAUGCUAUAGGUAUAAAUCCAAAAUUUAUUGAAUGUCACGUAUUUGUCGACGCUUCUCAGUCGGCAUAUGGGACGUGUAUUUACUUACGCACCAUCAGUGCUGAUAACGAUAACACACCACACAGUGUUACAAUGCGUUUGUUGUGUUCCAAGGGUCGAGUCGCGCCGGUCAAGCCUGUCAGCAUCCCGCGACUAGAGCUAUGCGGUGCUUUGCUAGGUGCACGAUUGUAUACAAAGACCCAGAUGACUUAACUCCACUUAGCCCUGGUCACUUCCUGGUUGGUCGGCCGCUGACGGCGCCCGCCUGCCCCGACUACAGCGCCACGCCCACGCACCGACUGUCACGAUACCAAAGGCUGGAACAAAUACGACAGCAAUUCUGGUCCCGCUGGGCCAAGGAGUAUGUUUCUGAGUUGCAGGUUCGAGUGAAGUGGUGGCAAAAUAAUACCGACCUUCAACCCAACACAUUGGUCGUCAUAAAAGACGACAACUUGCCGCCGUUGAAAUGGCAAAUGGGCCGCGUGGAGAAGACCUUCCCAGGCAAAGACGGGAUCUCGAGGGUGGCCGACAUCCGUACGUCCUCAGGCAUCCUCAGACGACCGUACACGAAGAUUUGUCCUCUUUCAGCUGAUGGCCAUGAUACUUAAUUACCUAAAAUUUCAUUGAAACUGGAUCAUUUCAAGGCCGGGGGCAUGUUGAAGACGCACGCACACAUGCAUAUGACCUAUAGACGACGCACACAACUACAGAUGGUCAUCAACCAAUCACACGGCGCCGCGAUGUCGUGAUAAAUCAUUUCAUUGGCUAUUUACAUGUUCCCUUCCCCUUGUCCUCGAUCUAUGUAACCAAAAAUUAUUAAUAUACUACCUGUUUGAGUUUUGAACGAUAAA